AUGGGGAAAUUGAUCAGGAUGGGAGUGCAGGAGAGACGGUUACUCUGGCCAAAGCGGCUUCAUUGGAGGCGCCUCCUCUUCCUAUUGGGAAUGCUGAUCAUGGGUUCCACCUACCAGUACCUGAGGAGCCCCCGGGGGCUCCCCUCACUGUGGGCAGCAGUCUCUUCCCAACACCCUGUAAAACUAGCCAGCCGGGACCUUUCCAACAAUGAGAUGAUGAUGGUGAGCAGUGACCCUCCAAAAUCUAGCCCUGAGAUGGAGGUUGAGACAUGGGCACCCCAAGCCACAGUAGGCAGAGAUGGAACAACACCUGGUGUAACAAUGGAGAACACCCCCAGUAUACCUAGAAGAAUAGCCAACGUCAUUCCAGCAACACCCAAGAGCAGCGACAGCCCAGCAGCAGCCCGCAAAGAAAAAGUGAAGGAAGACACCCCAGCCACACCCGGUGGAGCACUGAAUCACUACCCUCCAACUUCAGGCAGACCAGUGGUAAAUAAUUAUACCCCAGCAACACGCAGGGGAGAAGUGAAGAGCUACCGCCCAACUCAAGCCAGGGGAAAGGUGAGGAAAUACACCCCAUCCCCACUUGGUAGGAUGGUGAACAGCUACGCCCCAUCCACAUUCGUGACAAUGACCAGGAGCCAUGGGAUCACCCCCAGAGCAACAGUGAAAGACAGUGAAAUUAUGACAACCAACAAAAUACUGGAGACCAACCCUUCCAAGAGAGUAUUGGGGGAAACCACCCCAACUCCUCUCAAGGGAGUAACUGAUAACGGCCUACCCUUCCUGAUAAAUGACUUAGAAACUGACAUCUUGACUUCUCCAAGGAAUGUGGCAGAAGAGAAGACCCUAACUACCACCAGAAGAGUGGACAAUAAUAGCUCAACCAACCACCGGGGGUUAGUGGGAAAAAACAGCCUGACAACACCCCAAGGAACAGUCCUGGAGCACACCGCAGCCACCUCUGAGGGGCAGGUGGCAGUAAGCAUCACGACAGAAACCAAAGCCUCUACUGCUGCGUGGAAGGCUAGGAAUCCCUCGUCCAGAACCAGUGCACCGACUGUUGGAAUAUCCUCAGCCACCUUCUGGGGGCUGGUGAAGAACCCUUCACCAGCACCCACCACUCCAGCAACUCCCAGGGUCAGGGCAAGUCCGACCACUCAGGUCCAUCACUGUGUGGUUGUGGAGCCAGUCCCAGUCUCGUCCACUGUCCCCUCCCCCAGUCUGACAACAGCUGGGAUGCCAGAGACUCCCAGUCCCUCAGUACUGCCUUCUGGGCAGCCAGACCUCCACCCCAAGGCAGAGUACCCCCGAGACCUGUUCAGUGUGAAGGAGCGGAGGCAGGGCUGGGUGGUCCUGCACAUCUUUGGCAUGCUAUAUGUGUUUGUAGCCUUGGCCAUCGUUUGUGACGAGUACUUUGUCCCAGCCCUGGGUGUCAUCACAGACAAGCUGCAGAUCUCUGAGGAUGUGGCAGGUGCUACCUUCAUGGCUGCUGGAGGCUCUGCCCCCGAGCUCUUCACCUCCCUCAUCGGCAUCUUCAUCUCCCAUAGCAAUGUGGGCAUCGGCACCAUAGUGGGCUCUGCGGUGUUCAACAUCCUCUUUGUCAUUGGCACUUGUGCCCUCUUCUCCCGGGAGAUCCUCAACCUCACCUGGUGGCCCUUGUUCCGUGACAUCACCUUCUACAUCCUUGACCUAAUGAUGCUCAUCCUCUUCUUCCUGGAUAGCCUCAUUGUCUGGUGGGAGAGCCUGCUGCUUCUGCUGGCCUAUGCCCUCUAUGUGUUCACCAUGAAGUGGAACAAACAGCUUGAGCUCUGGGUGAAGAAGCAGCUCAGCAGGAGGCCAGUGGCCAAGGUCAUGGCCCUAGGGGACCUUAGCAAGCUGGGCGGUGGGACAGUUGUGGUGGAUGAGCAGCAGGAUAACAAGAAGCUGAAGCUCGCGUCCAUGCUGACCCAAGGGAGCAGCUUGGCCUCUCUGCACAACAGCACCAUCCGCAGCACCAUCUACCAGCUCAUUUUCCGCAGCCUGGACACUCUGGGGGAAGCCCGGCCCUCCAAGGACAAGGAGGAGGAGAGCUUGAAUCAGGAGGCCAAAGCCAAGCCUCAGGCCAAAGCAGAGAGCAAACCAGAAGAGGAGGAGCCAGCCAAGCUCCCUGAGGUCACGGUCACACCAGCCCCUGCUCCAGACGUCAAGGGAGAUCAGGAGGAAGAUCCUGGCAGUCAGGGAGAUGUGGCUGAAGCUGAGAGCACAGGUGAAAGGACAGAUAAUGAGGUUAAAACUCCUGGUGAAGGUGAAAAUAGAGAGCAAAGUGGACGUGAAGCUCAACCAGAAGGUGAAGGUGAAGAAAAAGGAGAGAAUGAAAGUGAAGGUGACAUCCAGGCAGAAAGGAAAGGAGAGAAUGAAAGUGAAGGUGACAUCCAGGCAGAAAGGAAAGGAGAUGAUGAAGGUGAAGGUGAAGGUGAAAUCCAAGCAGGAGAAGAUGGUGAAAUGAAAGGUGAUGAAGGUGAAACUGGAGAGCAGGAAUUGAACGCUGAAAAUCAAGAUGAAGCCAAAGAAGAUGAGAAAGGUAUAGAUGGUGAAGAGGAAGGUGAUGGAGGUGAGAGUGAAGAUGAAGAGGAGGAGGAGGAGGAGGGAGAGGAGGAGGAGGAGCAGGAGGAGGAGGAGGAGGAGCAGGAGGAGGAGGAGGAGGAGCCUUUGUCCCUGGAAUGGCCUGAGACCAGGCAGAAGCAAGCCAUUUACCUCUUUCUUCUGCCCAUUGUGUUCCCACUGUGGCUGACGGUGCCUGACGUCCGGAGGCUGGAGGCUAGGAAAUUUUUUGUUAUCACCUUCCUGGGAUCCAUCAUGUGGAUAGCCAUGUUCUCAUACCUCAUGGUGUGGUGGGCUCACCAGGUUGGUGAAACAAUAGGGAUUUCUGAAGAGAUUAUGGGCUUGACAAUCCUAGCAGCAGGCACAUCAAUUCCUGACCUCAUCACCAGUGUGAUUGUCGCUCGGAAAGGCCUGGGAGACAUGGCCGUGUCAAGCUCUGUGGGCAGUAACAUAUUUGAUAUCACCGUGGGCCUGCCCCUUCCUUGGAUGCUUUUCUCUUUUAUCAAUGGAUUACAGCCUGUUCCUGUCAGUAGCAAUGGCUUGUUUUGUGCCAUUGUUUUGCUUUUUCUCAUGCUCCUGUUUGUGAUCUCUUCAAUUGCAUUAUGCAAAUGGAGAAUGAACAAGAUCCUGGGCUUUACCAUGUUCCUCCUGUACUUUGUAUUCCUGAUAAUCAGUGUGAUGUUAGAAGAUCGAAUCAUAUCCUGUCCUGUGUCUGUCUAAGUCAGCCACUGUUGCUCAAAAUGGACACGGAUCAGAAAACCAUGCCAGAAGUUACUGUACCACUUGUUACAUUAAAGAAUGAACAUGAUCCAGGAGAGUGAACUGAGUGGGCAGGAGCCUCUGAUGUGGAUGUGAUCGGGACUGAAGUUUAUCCUUGGAAAACACCUGCAGCUCAUUGUGGAUUAGGACUCUUUGGAGGGGUGGAGCUCCUACCACCCCUGAUGCAGACAGCUAACACAUGGAGGCCAGCAGAAGGACCCAAGUCAGAGGAUUUUCUAAAAUGAGAUAUUUGGGAGUGAGGGUUGGGACAGGUACCUUAGCAAUCAGAUAAGCUCCCAUGUUCACAGUUCCCUGAUUAUUCCUGAAGGGCUGCUGAUGCAAAAGAUGCAGGUGUGGUCUCCAUCUCACCCUCCUGGCCCCUGCCCCCAGCACAUGCUGCAGUUUACUGUCUCCUCUUUUUCUGUUCAAAACAUGUGGUUCUAUCAGAUUUGUAUUCAUUACAGGUUCAGUUACUGGUGAGUUUAAAGGAGCAAAGUCUAUAGGAAAAAAAGUAUAACAAGAAUCAAUUAUCAUUACACACUGUAGUCCAGUAAAAUGUGUACUAAUAUUUUAUAGCUUAAAAAGGAGGACUACAUAUGCUCUCGUUGUAUUUCUGAAAAGUCAAAUUAAAAUAAGCAGCUCAAGAAAUUAAAAUUCAUAAUUUGCCCUUCAAUUGGAAGAUGUGGGUAUUAGGGAAGGAGAACUACUCUGAGGGCUAUUUAAAAACAUGUAUUUAUUAGGAAAUCCAAGUUAGUGUUGUCUCCAUCAGGUGGGUCACCUUGAGGGAUUAGACAUUCUAACAAAGCUGUCCUGGCUCUGUGCCCCUCCCCUCUCAUAUUCUUACCCAACAGUGACAGCUGCACUAGUGAGUGAGAAACAAAGUAAUUUUUAAAAAGAGUCUAAAGUCAGUAGAGCCAAAUCUGGUUUACAAAGUAAGAGAUCCAGUGGGGCAAUGCUAUUUUUGUGUCAUCCUCGAUAGGAUUAUAAAACAAGAAGAUUGAUUUCUUGUGUUGCUUACAAGUGGAUAUUAAGGCGAUUACAAAGGAGAAAUUCCAAAAAUGCUUAAACAAUGACAAGAUGGUAAGGAAAAGAGUAUUACUACUUCCAUGGUAGCUGAUGUAAAGGACACCUGUGUGUUUUUUUAAAAAUUAUUUAAUUAAUUUAAUUUUGGCUGCGUUAGGUCUUCGUUGCUGCAUGCGGGCUUGCUCUAGUUGUGGUGAGUGGGAGCUACUCUUCGUUGCGGUGUGCGGGUGUCUCAUUGCGGUGGCUUCUCUUGUUGAGGAGCACGGGCUCUAGGCGCGUGGGCUUCAGUAGUUGUGGAAUGUGGGCUCUAGAGUGCAGGCUCAGUAGUUGUGGCCCACAGGCUUAGUUGCUCCGCGGCAUGUUGGAUCUUCCCAGACCAGGGCUCGAACCCAUGUGCCCUGUAUUGGCAGGUGGAUUCUUAACCACUGCGCGACUAGGGAAACCCGACCCCUGUGUUUUUAAAAAUUGUGUGGUUAAACAUUUCAGGUGGAAGUUGAAGUGCUUGUAUAUUAAAUACCACUGCUUGCUGCUUUUACUGGCAUCAGGUUAAGGGGCACAUUAAAAAUGAAACAGUGUGGUGGUUACAAAGCAAAAGGAGCUGAGGUGAAUGUAGUUUAGGAUGGUAAAUAUCGCUUUAAUUAGAAACAUGAGAGAGGAUUCACUGAAGACUGGAAGAUAGCAGGACAAGUGUGAUGUGGGAAAAAAACCAAACAUUUUGGUGUUGAAAGGCUGUGUUCAAAGUACUUCAGUCCAUAAUCCAUCUUUUAAGACGGGCUGGUUAAUUUAAUUCAUGGCCUCACUCCAGGACUCACAUUCUUUGGAAAUGACUUUCACUAAAUUUCAAUAGGUUGUGAGUCCCAAUGAUAUUUUACAAAAAUGGACGUGUUCAUCCAUAUCUUUAGGUUAUUUAGUCAGAAUGCUCGAGAGAAGACUGAUGAAGAAUAUGGGAUCAUGUUCACAUUCCAUAUUCUUAAAUUAGUUAUCCUCAUUCCUGAUGCUGCCGCACUGCCUGGUCUCCAUAUGCCAUGGCCUAAGAACAGGAGGACAGAGCAGUGCCUAUGGAAGGGAGAUCCCAAUACCAACACUCUGGGCACCAAUCUGGUAUCUGCCACCAACCUCAGCUGGUCUCGAGGAUGUCACCUCCUCACUGACAGCCUGGGAGCUGGUGCUCUUCCCCAGAACGACUUAUGAGGAGUGAUGGACGGUGAAACAUCCUGUAAAGGUAAAGUGCUAGGCUGCCAUUUGAUGAUUAAAAUCGACUCUAAUGGUUGAAUAUCAUUUUUCUGAUCCGUUUGCUAAAUUUCUGGCAUUCCUCUUUGCCUAGAAAGGAAGUUCUGACUUCACACUAUGUAGAAAAGAGUCAAAAACAAAAAUGAAGGCUGGGUCUUGAUGGAUGAGCAGCUGGUGGGGAGAAAGGAGAUUUCAGGGAGAUGGAAAACUUACAUAACUUCUAAAAGAUCAAUUUGUUAUGC